ACUAUUCGAGCUGCUCAAGCAUGUGACUCGGCCGUUUUAGUGCCAAAGGGUGUCGAUGACUUCCCUCCGGCUCGCGGAAUUCAAAUGAGGGGGACUGUGGACGUGUGGUGCAUUGUUCAUGAUGGCGGUCUUCUCCUUCUGCUUGCUUAUCUAUUAUUGCGCAACCGGACCUGGUGCAAGUGUUCCUUGCGUAUUUAUGUAGUCGCCAGCGAGGCGGACAAUAACGUGAUUCUGGAGAAAGAUAUGACUCGUUUCGUCUACGACCUGCGCAUAAACGCCAAAGUCAGUGUUGUAGAGAUGUCAACAGUCGAUAUAUCAGCUUAUAUAGCACAACGGACGGCCACAGUUGAAGCACGUAAGGCGAUGCUGCAAGAAAUGAAUCUUGCAACUGUGGCAGCCCGAUGCGACAUGCAGGCCAUGCUAGACUCCCGCUACAAGCCCAAGAGUUCGCUUACGAACAGCGCGCCUGGCCAUACGACCAUCAUCGACGCCAUAACAGCCUCCAAGACUAAUUCUACGGCGGGUGACCAAGUGGCCGUGGCUUCGGCCAGAAAGGCAGCUCUUCGUCAACAAACCUGCGUCGAAUUGAAUCCGCCAAAAGUGGUGGUAACAGCGAUCGGGGACGACUCACCUUCGAUGGAGCUAAGCGCUGACGGCUCUCCUGAAGAAACUAAAAUGGUUUGUUUUUUACUUGGAGCCAGCCACCACAAUUGCUGA